GCAUAUUGUGCAAGUGCGUCAGAGCGCAGGUGAACUGCUAUUCCUGGAUGUGUGAAACAACUUUGGGAAAGGCAGUUUAGGUUGUCAAUCUUUGUGGGUGAUUGAGGACCGAGACAACACUCAAGAUGGCCAUUCUGGACCAGCACUGCUUCUGCUGCGUGUCCCUGCGCAAGGGAGCUCUUGUGUCCACCAUUUUCUUCUUGUUGGUGGCAGCGGCCACUGCCCUAUUGUAUGUAUGGGGACUCCUUGAGCUUCUACAGAGGGAGAGCAGCUUUGACAGCAGUGCCCAACAAACCUCCAUUUUGGUUCUGACCUACAUCCUGAUUGGUCUACAUGGGGUUGUCAUGAUUCUGGCCGCCAUCAUCAUGUUCAUUGGAGCAUUUUGCUACAGCCCUGGGUCUGCGGCUUUCUUCAGCGUUGUCAUCGCCAUUGGGACUGUGAUUGAGCUGGGCUGCAUUGUGUACCUGGGAGUUAUCACUGAGAACCAGCUACAGGGCCUGGCCAGUCAACCUUAUUUCCUCUUUCUGGUCAUUUGGUUUGCCAUCCGCGCUAUCUGGAACAUGCACCUUGUGAUAACUAGUUGGUCCCUCUACCAGCAGCUCACUUCCAAGGGCUACUUGGCCGGUAAUCGCUAGACAGCACACCAAGUGGAGGCUUGUUGAUGCAUGUAUGUUACCAGUCACUCUGAAGUUACCAUGCGUCUGCCUACUAUCUCAAAAAACCUAAAAAUUCCCAUUCUAAGCAAUACACUCCAAUGAAACUAUGUAAAAUAAACACUGCCCUCAACUGACCGAUACAUGUACAUGUACACUGUACCUACAUGUACACGUACAUGUACACGUAAGACACAACCAUCCCCCAUUGUUGGUCAAGGAAUCUACUUCUCCCUGCAAGUACAGAACUUUUGAUGCUGGUAGAAUGUUUCGACAAAACCUGAAAACAAGGGAUUGAUUGUUAAGACAACCCCCCCUCAAAAAAAACGUGUAUUGUCCCUGUAUUGUUGAAUGGCUACACUGGAACUUAGAUCACGAUGAUCAUACAUUGACACCUGUGUGUAAAUAUCAUCUUUAUAUCCCUCCACAGAAAUAAGAAAUGAAUAUCAGCUACACAAUUCUCAGUGCAUCAAAAGGUGCCAGGCCUGCAUCCGUGAACAUGUAGUCUGCUAGAUUAACCAGUACAACACCAAUAGCACAGGUUUUUAUAUAUGUACAUAUGGCUAACAUUUUAAAGUUUUGUUCUUCAGAUAUCAUUAUACAACUCAGAUAAGAAUUAAAUGUUAGGUUCGGUCCUUAAAGCUUUGUCUUGAUUUUUUUUUAUCAAUAACAAAAAUACAAAUGUUAUCACAAAGUAAAACCCACACUGGUUGUUCUGUAUUGUUUAGCAUAAAAAUUUCUACAUACACAUGUGACACAACAUCCACAAGGAAAUUAUAAAUAUAUUUUUCUCCACUGAAUUCUCACUACAUGAAAAAACUGUCCUGUUAUAUGUACACAUAAGUACUGCGUAAAUACAUGCAUAUGAAACUAUCUCGGUGAAGGGUCUUUUUUACUGUUAAUAGCUAUCAUUAAGCUCAGGUGACAGCAUACGAGUGUCUGAAAUAAAUCUAAAGGGUUAAGAGGUGCGUGUAUGUGUCUUUUGAACAUUAGACUCCAGAUUAUCAAAUUUAUUAUUUACACUAAACUGAGAUAUUAUAGUCUUGAAGCCACUGUGCCGUAUCAGUAACGGUAAAUGUACAAACCAUAUCCUUUAAAAAUUGAUCGUCUAAGGUGCACAACUGUACAUUUACAAUGUACACAUGUACACAUGCAGGAGAGGUUUGAGUACACGUACAUGUGAAUGUGCACUUUUCCUGUUUUUUAUUCCACUACCGGUACAUUACAUGUCCUGCGCACUUAUGAAUCAAUGUAAGGUGACAUGCUGCAAUUUGAAAUCUGUCGACUUCAGUAUUCUGAUCCGGACAUUUCUCAGGCUGGAGGCACACCCCAAUCAAAUAAGCCAUUCGUGUAUCUAAGCACGCACGCAUUCCUUGUAUAUGGUCCUCUAUCAUGGGUGUGUUUCAGAAUCACAUACACACUCUACAUGUACAUGUACCUAACGAAUUUGUAAAAGACUGGUCGAAAAUUGUUCAUUGUCGGGAAGAACACGGCUUCAAGAACCAUUUUAAUACUUUUUCGAUGUUCAUGUACAUGUAUGUCUCUAUUUUUAACUUUACGUUGCUGAUGCUAUGCCCUAUUGCUUUCUAAGUAUAAGACAGUCAUUACUGGAGAAUGGUAAUGAAAUUGGGAAUAAAUGAAAUUGGAUUUUGUUCAGAUCAGGGAACUUGUCUGCACAAAAAGCAGAGCAGUUCCCUGGACAAAAGUAAGGUGCAUGUACUGUAUGAAAGCAGGUUUUUAUUUUACUGAACUUAACGUGUAUUCUGUACAAUACGGCUGUUCCACAUUCGUGCACCACCGAGAGUUUGCAACGCAUUGGCCAAUCACAAUGAGCGAAAUUUGUCGACCCAAUGUGCGUUUGGAAAGGGUCGACAAAUUCUGCAUGAAGUUAAACACUUGAAUAAUUGGACAAAGCUGGAUUUUUUUUGUCUAGUUGUCAGCCAUAAUAUUUAAGCUAACUUUCAUGUUGAUAAAUUUUUUGUUUUACAUUUUACCCAGUUUUGCCAACCAGGAAAAAUGACUGUCUCUGGGAAGUCUGACUGUACAUUUAUGUGGCCCGAUUUCCCUGGAAUGAGCAACUUUAUGACACAUAUUUGAUCGUUUAUUUGGCUAUAAAAGUAUGCUGUGUCAUUCUAUGUUUGUAGCUACUUUUUACUUUUUUUGUGAAUUUAUAUGGUUUAGAAUAAAAUACCACAUGCUGUAAAGUAGUAUA